GAAGUAAAGAGACUUCCUGUGUGUUUCCACCCGGACAGUGUAAAAAGACGAACCAAACACUUCAGUGACCAUCAACACGUGUUCUUUUGUAUUUAGUAUUCAAGUGUUUUUGAGUGUAGUUGCUGUAGUCAGUUGUUUUUUUACUCAGUAACGUUACACCGCAUUUUAAACUCGAGUUACACCUGAAGUGCCUCAACCAGAGAGAGAAGCUGCAGAGCUCAGCUGACCAGUCAUGCUCCUGGUGGACCCGGGUCUGUACAUCGGCACUGCGGCCGACCUCAAUGACAGCCAGGCAUUGGCCGAUGCAGCCGUCACUCACAUCCUGUCCGUGGACUCUGUGGACCCCGCCCCUCUGGUUCCUGCUGACGGGAACUUCCGCAGGAAGUGGGUCAAUGUUCUGGAUGAGGUGACCUCUGACCUCCUGAGUCACAUGGACGACUGCUUCCUGUUCAUUCAGGAGGCUGUGGGUGGAGGCGGAGCUGCACUUGUUCACUGCCAGGCCGGUCGGAGUCGCAGUGCCACCAUCAUUACUGCUUAUCUAAUGAAGAGACACCAGCUGGGCUUCACUGAGGCUUACAACAGACUGAAGACUGUCAAACAGGACGUACAGGUCAACAGUGGUUUUGAGGAGCAGUUGUGUCUGUACGAGGCCCUGCAGUGUAACGUGGACUCCUCCAGUCCUCUGUACAAACAGUACAGACUGACCAAGCUCACUGAGAAGUACCCUGAGUUGCAGCACAUUCCCAAGGAGCUGUUCGCCGCUGACCCCGCCCACUCCAGCUCCUCUGAAGCGUCCUACCGCUGCAGAAAGUGCAGACGAACUCUGUUCCGUGACUCCAGUAUUCUCAGUCACCCAGUAGGAGAAGGAGCGCCAGCCUUUGGUCACAAGAAGUCCAGUAGCCUCACUGGAGACGUCCAGUGUACGUCUUACUUUAUUGCACCAGUGCAGUGGAUGGAACAAGCUCUACUCGGAGUGAUGGAUGGACAGCUGCUGUGUCCUAAGUGUAGCUCUAAGCUGGGCUCGUUCAGCUGGUGCGGUGAUCAGUGUUCGUGUGGUCGCUGGGUCAAUCCCGCCUUCCAGCUGCACCGCAACAGAGUGGACGAGAUCCGACAACUCAACGUACAGAAAUAACAACGCAUGUUAAAGACUCGCUGGUGAACACAGUGGAGCAUUUAGCAGCUAAAGGGACAGACAUUUUUCUGAGGAGUUGGUGGAGACCAAACACAGAGCAAAAAGGGAGAGGAUGUUGGAUAUACAUUCAUCAAGACAGAAGCACGGCUCCAAAGAAUGAUAAUGUUGCUCCGUAACUGCUGGAUGUGUAAACGGGCUCGUUCGAGAUGAGCCAGGCAUUCGCAAAAUCAAAUAAUGAAGGUCAUCUAUAUAGCACUUAUCGAAAUGAGUGCUCAUUACAAAAGUGCUUUACAAGGGGGACAUAAAAAUAAUAAAGGAUAGAAUCCAACGCCAGAUACACGCACAUUAUAAAUAAAUAUAAAUAAAUCCCAACGCUGUCUGAAAACUACAAGUAGCCUACAGAUCGG